AUGGAAUCCGGAACAAGCACCUGGGAUCAUGUCGAUCCUUUUGAGGAAGAUAGAAAUGCUAGAGAUCAGCACAACGCGAGCGAAAACAUCCCCCCCGAGGAGUGUGAACCAAAUCGUGUUACCUUCCAGACACCCGAUCAAGAUGGCAGCGGCAACGUGGAUGAGAAGCUUGAAGCCCGCCAGGCCCCCGCCGAACGCAGCAGUAGCAGCGAGGACACUGUGCAGUCCAAAGCUGAGCGUAGCAGUAGUCACGAUGAAGGCGUUACCGAGAAAGUGAAAACCGCAGCGCAUGAAGCCAAAUAUUCGCUGCUCAACAUGCGAUCUGCUGCCCCGCUCAAACGGUUCAAUCCCACAAACGUCCGUAUGCAUGUGCGAUAUUCGGGAUCAAAAGACCACGACACUCCAGCUGCCGAUUCUGCAGAACCCACAUCACGCUCACAGUCCGAGUUCAACGUGCUGUGGCGAUCCCGCGACAACCGGAAGGGACGAGGCUCUAUUGCUGUGCCUCGCGUGCCAGAGCUCGAGCCUUCAGAGUCCCAUAUUCACAUUGGGUCAACCAUCAAAAGCACGAAGCAGAUCGGCAAAGGCAUCCUCAAGAUGACGAGGACUUUUCCAUACUGGAACCUGGCUUUCUGGAGCGGCUGGUGGUACGCUUGGGGUUCAGCGCUCUUCAUCAUAAGCGCAACCUGGUCCUGGUACCCUCAAGAGUAUCCAGACGAGGAAUACAACGAAGGGCUGGUUAACUGGGGUGUGUCUCUCACGACGUUCUUCGGUGUCCUUCUGUUCCAGCUCGGAGCUACAGCAGCGUACUUGGAAGCGGUCAACGAUGGCUCGUUCCACGGCACCGCCAUGCGACGCCUUCUUGAAGGCCAUGAGGACGAAGACAAGAAACUCGCAGACGAGAAGAUCCACCAGGCCUUCUCGCACGCCAUCCCUCACUUCCACCGCUCAAAGAAAGCACAGGAAGCAGAAGCCUUCGCCAACUCCGUCGACCCCGAAGCCGGCUGGCGGACCCGUGACAUAAGAGAGAGACCCGGCUCCAUCUACCCUGUCGGCAAACUCCCGGCGCCCCGAAGAGGAGGUUUCGACCUUGGCGAUGCCGGAGAAGGUGCGUCGAGCGAAUACAUGACCUGGCGCUGGUGGCCGACCUGGCACGCCCUGCGCACCCACCACGCCUACGAAAUCGGCUACCUGGCUUGCUCAAUUCAAGGCUUCGGUGUGACGCUCUUUACCUGGUCAGGCAUCGUGCUUCUGCCCGGCGUGUGGGGGAAUAUAGGUGGUAGAUGGGGCCAGCUCGGCGCUUACUGGGUCCCGCAGAUCAUCGCGUCGGCGUGUUUCAUUACUGCCAGUGUCAUGUUCACGAUUGAGACGCAGGAGAAGUGGUGGAAGCCGCAGCCUAAUAUUCUCGGUUGGUGGAUUGGCUUUGUCGCUACGCUGGGAUCGGUUGGCUUCGAGCUGUGCGCAGUCUUUGGCGUACCAGGCGAGUCGUGGACGGCCUACCAGUCUUCCCUUUCGAGCAUGUGGGGCAGCAUUUUUUUUCUGCUAUCAAGUCUGCUCCAGUGGUAUGAAGCGAUCAACAAGCACCCUGUGGCGGAGGUGCUCAACGAGCCGGGAGAGAUGAAAUCAUAUCAGGUGCAUCCUAUUUGA